AUGGCUCCGUCCCCGAGGAGGCACUGGCGAUCAGGCUGCGCUCUCCGUGGUGCUGAUACCGCAAGAGCUGCUGCUGAUGCUGAGGCUGCUGGAGGCUCCGUCAGACCUGGCGUACAGAUGGCAGUGCUGCCUCCGCAAUGCUUCUUGCUGGUGCUAGGAUUGGGAUUGGGACCUGGUUUGGUUGGUGGAUCAAGUGGGACAAUGAUAGAACAGCCUACAAACGGGACCUCGUUGUCUAUCAUGGGCUUGAUGCCCAUUAGCGAGACGGUGGCGAAAGGAAAUAUCGGCAGGGGCAUCCUGCCCGCUGUGCGGCUGGCUAUAGAUCAGAUCCACAAUGACUCCCUGCUGCAUCCCUACUUCCUGGACCUGAAGCUGUAUGACACCGCGUGUGACAAUGCAAGAGGAUUAAAGUCGUUUUAUGAUGCAAUCAAGUAUGGACCUAAUCACUUGAUGGUUUUUGGUGGAGUAUGCCCUUCGGUAACUUCUAUCAUUGCUGAGUCUCUAAAAGGAUGGAAUUUAGUUCAGCUAUCUUUUGCGGCAACAACUCCAGUUUUAGCAGACAAGAAAAAAUAUCCCUACUUUUUCCGGACCGUACCAUCAGACAAUGCAGUCAAUCCCGCAAUAGUAAAAUUCCUCAAAUAUUUCAAAUGGCAAAGAGUGGGAACAUUAACUCAAGACAUACAGAGGUUUUCAGAGGUGAGAAAUGACUUAACCGGUGAACUGGAAGACUCCGAUAUCCAAAUAGCCGACACUGAAAGUUUCUCCAACGAUCCAUGCAUCAGUGUGAAAAAGCUUAAGGGCAAUGAUGUACGGAUUAUAAUCGGCCAGUUUGAUGAACAUAUGGCAGCAAAGGUCUUCUGUUGUGCGUUUGUUGAAGAGAUGUUUGGCAGUAAGUAUCAGUGGAUCAUCCCUGGAUGGUAUCAAGCACUAUGGUGGCAGAAAGCCAAUGCGUCUACAUGUUCAACUAAAAAUCUUCUCACUGCUAUGGAAGGAUACAUUGGAGUGGAUUUUGAACCUCUAAGCACAAAACAAAUCAAGACAAUAUCAGGAAGGACUCCACAACAAUAUGAAAAAGAAUACAAUGAAAAGAGGUCUGGUGUGGAGCCCAGCAAAUUUCAUGGUUAUGCCUAUGAUGGAAUGUGGGUAAUAGCCAAGACACUACACCGAGCAAUGGAGUAUCUUAAUGCUACCAACCGGCAUCAAAGCAUUCAGGAUUUUAACUAUACAAACCACAAGCUUGGAAAAAUAUUUCUUGACGCAAUGAACGAAACAAAUUUCUUUGGUGUAACAGGACAAGUUGUUUUUAGAAAUGGAGAAAGAAUGGGUACCAUCAAAUUUACUCAGUUUCAAGAUGGGAAAGAAGUGAAGGUGGGUGAAUACAAUGCGGUAGCUGACAGCCUUGAAUUGAUUAAUGACACCAUCAGAUUCCAAGGGGUGGAACCUCCAAAGGAUCAAACUUUCAUCCGAAUGGAGCGACGUCAGAUCUUCCUGCCGCUUUACAGUAUACUGUCAGCCAUAACAAUAAUUGGAAUGAUCAUGGCCAGCACUUUCUUAUUCUUUAAUAUCAAAAAUAAGAACCACAAGUUAAUAAAGAUGUCUAGUCCUUAUAUGAAUAACCUUAUUAUCCUUGGAGGAAUGCUUUCCUACGCAUCUAUAUUUCUGUUUGGCCUUGAUGGAUCAUUUGUAUCAGCAAAAACAUUUGAAUCAUUAUGCACUGUGAGAACAUGGAUCUUAACUGUGGGCUACACAACAGCUUUUGGGGCGAUGUUUGCAAAAACGUGGAGAGUUCAUGCUAUUUUUAAGAAUGUAAAAAUGAAGAAAAAGAUUAUCAAGGAUCAGAAGCUGCUGGUAAUAGUUGGUGGAAUGCUGCUGAUUGAUCUGUGUAUCUUGAUUUGUUGGCAAAUCGUGGAUCCCUUAAAAAGAACAGUUGAAGAAUAUAACCUUGAGCCUGAUCCUGCAGGGAGAGACAUUGCAAUUCUUCCAUUUCUGGAGCACUGUGAGAACACUCACAUGACAAUCUGGCUUGGAAUUGUCUAUGCCUACAAAGGGCUUCUCAUGUUGUUUGGUUGCUUUUUGGCAUGGGAGACCCGGAAUGUAAGCAUUCCAGCACUGAAUGACAGCAAGUAUAUAGGAAUGAGUGUGUACAACGUGGGAAUCAUGUGUAUUAUUGGAGCCGCAGUCUCCUUUCUUACCAAAGACCAACCUAAUGUCCAAUUCUGCAUUGUGGCUCUAGUCAUCAUAUUCUGCAGUACCAUUACACUCUGUCUAGUUUUUGUGCCAAAGUUAAUUACCCUAAGGACGAAUCCUGAUGCAGCAACACAGACUAGGAGAUUUCAGUUCACGCAUAAUCAAAAAAAAGAGGAUUCCAAGACAUCAACGUCGGUCACCAGUGUAAACCAGGCCAGCACAUCCCGGCUAGAAGGACUGCAAUCAGAGAACCAUCGUUUACGGAUGAAGAUCACAGAGCUGGACAAAGAUCUUGAGGAGGUUACAAUGCAACUUCAAGAUACACCAGAGAAAACUACUUAUAUCAAGCAGAACCACUACCAGGAUCUGAAUGAUAUUCUCAGUAUACAAAACUUUACAGACAGCAAAGAUAGUGAAAAAGCUGUUUUAAAAAAUCACCAUGCUCAAAAUAAUCCUCCACAAUGGAAUACUAUAGAAACUUCCAGAACCAGCAAAGAGCCUAUAGAAGAUAUUAACUCACCAGAGCAUAUACAGCGACGGCUAUCGUUACAACUACCCAUUCUCCAUCACGCCUACUUGCCAUCAAUAGGUGGCAUAGAUGCAAGCUGUGCCAGCCCGUGUGUAAGCCCCAGUGGCAGUCCUCGGCACAGACAUGUGCAGCCUUCCUUUCAAGUCAUGGUCUCUGGCCUGUAGGAAUGGGUGAAUCAGGCUUCCUAGACUACUCCUGUAAUUUCUCAAGAGAGACUCAACUGCACAUUCUGAUAUAGAACCUUUGCUACACACAUAACAUUUGCUCUUAAUUUAUAGAGACAGAGGAAUUCUAAGGAUGUCAUCCUGGGAGGCCGAUUCCAACCAGCAUGGGCUAGAAGCAAGUUAGAGAGAUGCACAGAGUUAUACCUGGAGCCUUAUUUGUGGAGUGUUUGUUCCUUUACUCAGAGGACUCGGAUAAAAUAAUUCUUCCCAAAACUCAACGAGCAAAAGAACAAGGGUACGGAAUUCUGAAUCUUGCACAAAGGAGAAGAAGAAAUUCAGAAAAGUUACUUUUUAAAUCCAACUCACAAUGCUACGAAUAUGGCUGCUAUGAACUUUGGUUAGUACACUUUAUACACAUGUAAAAACCUAAAAUAAUAAAAUUAAAAUAAAAUAGAAUAAUAAAAAAAAGUGGAGACAGCACAGCUAGGAAUUAUUUGCAGAGAAUCAUACACGGGUUUGCACAAAUCUGCUGAAAUGCUGAACAUGUCCUAUUACGAUAAGUUCUGCUUGUGUUUUACAUGUCAGAUAAUACACGGCAGACAAAAUAAGAGCAUCAUUACAAAUGAUCCCUCAGGUGACAGCGAGACAUGCAGUAUUACCAAGGUUUUGUCUCUGUAACUGAACUAAGCUGUUUUUACAAUGGUAGAAUAUAUUUACAGAAGCAGUAUGGAGUCAUUUGGAAACCAAGGUUUUACUGUACUGAGCCAGAACAAUUGCAGCACAGCACUUCUGAGAAUCUGGGAACAGCCAUGUUCCUGCGCUCGCCAUUUUGGGACUAUGUUUUAUCAAGGUUUCUGUAUUUUUUGUAAUGCACAGAACUGAGCGACUUGCAGGCUUCAGACCUAGUAAAUAGCUUAUAUGUCACAAGAUGGAUGAUUUGUCACAAUUUGUGUUUGAUUUGUUCCAUACAGUGCCACAGAAAAAGUACAAUAAAACCAAGUUACAAUGGA